UGUAAGCAUUCAUACAAAUAUCACAAUUGAAUUAAAAACCAAAGAAAUGUCUUCCUCUAACUUCUCUUGUAUCCUAUCCAUCUCCUUAACAUUCUUCAUCUUGCUACUGAACAAGGUGAAUUCAGCAGAAACAACUUCCUUUUCCAUCACAAAAUUUGUCCCAGAUCAAAAGAAUCUCAUCUUCCAAGGCGAUGCGAAAACUGCCUCAACAGGGAAGUUAGAACUCUCCAAGGCAGUCAAGAACUCUAUUGGUAGAGCUCUUUAUUCCGCCCCUAUUCACAUUUGGGAUAGCAAAACCGGUAGUGUGGCUAACUUUCAAACUACCUUCACCUUUACAAUAACGGCGCCUAAUACUUAUAAUGUUGCAGACGGUCUUGCAUUCUUCAUUGCACCAAUUGAUACUAAGCCGAAAUCAAUUCAUCAUGGAGGAUACCUUGGAGUUUUCGAUAGCAAAACUUACAAAAAAUCAAUUCAAACUGUUGCAGUUGAAAUUGACACUUUCUAUAAUGCUCAAUGGGAUCCAAAUCCCGGAAAUAUAAGUAGCACUGGUCGACAUAUUGGAAUCGAUGUAAACUCUAUCAAAUCAAUAAGCACCGUGCCGUGGAGUUUGGAAAACAAUAAAAAGGCUAAUGUUGCGAUAGGGUUUAAUGGUGCAACAAAUGUGUUGAGUGUUGAUGUGGAAUAUCCUUUGAUUCGUCAUUAUACCCUAAGUCAUGUUGUGCCUUUGAAGGAUGUUGUUCCUGAGUGGGUAAGGAUUGGUUUCUCGGCUGCGACUGGAGCCGAAUAUGCAGCACAUGAUAUUUUAUCGUGGUCUUUUGAUUCAAAGUUGAACCUAGGUUUUGAGAACAAUAUCAAUGCCAAUGUUUCAAGCUCUACUCAAGCUGCAUAGUUGAAAACUUAUCCAUUAUGUAUGUGUGAGUGUAACCAACCAGUCUAAGAAAACUAUAAUAAGAUACCUGAAAUAAUGGUUCAUUAUCGUGUA